AAGACUUGCACUGGAUAAAUAAGACAGCAUGAUUGCACUUCACAGGUAAAUGCCUGCUCCAGAUUCUCAAACAGAACUGCAUUACUAAUGAUCCAGAAGUAAUAUUGUGAUAUCAGUGAAGCCCAAACACAGAAAUUAGCAGGCUAGCAGAAGGCUGCAUUAUAUGAGAACAACAUCGCUGAAAAAUGGAGCUGCACCUCUGGGAGACAUCAGAAAGUGACUUACCCUAGUGCUGCAAAUAAAAUGAUUUUAGACUAGUUAAGCCUUUAGGUAUCCAGCUGUAAUCUUCGGCUUAUGCAAGUCUCGUGGAAAGAAACAAUCUUUUGCACGGCAUGAACACCAUUGCUUCAGAAGAGUACUGGCACUUCAAGAGAUGGCAACCCCUUUGAAGGUACAAGCUUGAAGUCUGAGCUGGUUUGACAAAGAAACCAAAAUUAUGGUCUACAUUCUUAGGGAUUCAUACCUGGGGAAAAUAGAGUCCAGUGUAUGUGGGUUGUAUUGGAAAAAAUUGACAUCUGUCAGGAGUUGUGUGAGCACCUGUCAUCCUUAACAUGAGUCAACUGUUCUAGCCCCCAGUGCCUCCACAGGUACAAUGACAUACAGACGUGUAGGUGGGUGACAUGGAGUGGCAGAAAGCGAAGAAGGAGAGGAAAGCAGCUACCAUGGCACGUCACUAUGUUGACCCCCCAGACGGAGGAUGGGGCUGGAUGAUUGUGGUCCAUUUCUUUCUGGUGAAUGUGCUGGUGAUGGGGACCUUGAAGACCUUUGGGCUGUUCUUUGUUGUAUUUCAAGAAAGAUUUGGCAGUUCAUCAGAGGAAACAAGCUGGAUUGGAUCUAUAAUGUCUUGCCUUCGACUAUCAGCAGGUCCUAUUGCCAACAUAAUUUGUACGAAGCUGGGACAUCGAAAGGCAUCCAUCCUUGGGGCAGUUCUGGUUAGUGCUGGAUUCUUCAUUAGCAUACUGUCAACAAGUAUUAUCUUCCUCUACCUCUCCUUAGGAGCCGUUGUCGGUAUUGGCUUUGCUGUACUGUAUCAAGCAGGAUCUGUUACUACUGCCAAAUACUUUAAGAAAAGAUUAUCAACAGCAUACUCUAUUGGACGGUCUGGGAUGGGCCUAACUUUUAUUCUCGCACCUUUUUCCCAGUUCCUCUUGGACACGUACAGCUGGCAAGGAGCUUUAUUGAUACUUGGAGGUAUAAUGCUAAACCUGGUGGCCUCAUCAAUGUUGCUAAGGCCUAUUUAUCUUAAAAACAGCUCGCCUUGUACCCUGCCUUCAUCACCACACACACAAACCCAAUCAGUAACCUGUAAGACAAUGACGGAGCUCUCAUCCUCUCAGUUUUCCAUAGAAAACGGAUUCCUGAAUCAAGGCACUCUAAGCAACAGUAAAUUAAAUGCCUUGCCAGAGUACCAGCCUGUUAGGGCACAGUGCCAUAUAACCAAUACAGACGUUCCAGAGGCAAAGGACAGCUGUAAAGUCAGUUCACCAGAUGAAGCAGUGCCGAAUGGGAAUACCUGGACUAGCACUAACAAUCAGGAUGGGAACCCACACUUCCAAAAGGAAAAGGACUGCAUGGAAAAAGAAGGCAAUACUCUGAUUUCAUCAAGUCAUAAACAAAACUCACAGCAAGUCCAGAAAGAAAAACUGUUGAACUUCUCCCCGUUAAGGAAUCCUCUUUUCUGCAUUUAUACCUGGUGCUUGGUUUUCAGCCAACUGGCCUACUUCAUUCCCUAUUUCCAUCUUUCUGCAAGAGCUCAGACCCUUGGCAUUAAACCUAUGGAAUCCUCUUUUAUCAUCUCCAUUGCAGGUAUAGUAGAAGCAAUCACCCAGUUGGCUGCAGGAUGGAUAUCUGACCAAAAUUACAUCAGCAGAUAUCACUACCAUAGGACUUACUUAAUCCUUUGUGGCAUUGCGAACCUGUUGUGUCCUUUGGCUACAACUUACUCUCUCCUGAUGAUCUAUGCAGUGUUCUUUGCUAUAUUCUGUGGUGGCUACAUGGUGCUCUUGUUACCUGUUCUGGUGGAUUUUAUGGGCAGUACAAGUAUCGGAAGUUCCUACAGUUUAUCUAUGUUUUUUGUUGGAAUUGGAUGUUUGGCUGGACCACCUGCUGCAGGAUGGCUGUAUGAUUACACACAAAACUAUGACUAUUCCUUCUACUUUGCUGGGGUCUGUUACCUUCUUUCAUCCUUUUCGCUGUUUUUAGUACCUCUAGUAAAGAGAAGAAAAAUAAAUAAAGAGAAAAAAGAAAAGACAAGAGAUGGUCAGACUGAGACAAACAUGGCAUUCAUCAGUGAACUGCAGAAUGGUCAUCAUCUACCUUUAAACACAGACACAAAGGAACCAUGAUGUCUGGUCCGAAAGAAACAGGUUCCUGGACUUAUUUGAAACAAUGUGAAACAUAGGCUUUGCUAUAUGUUAAAGGAAUCUGACCAUACGGAAUGGAAAGUCAAUUCCUACACAAGAAAAAAAAUAUGCAUGUCGAUGGGGGGGGGGGGGGGUCUUAUAAUUAUCUAUGUGGUUAUGUUGCUUUUUUAUAGAACUCAUAUUUUUAAAAAUGGAAUACAAAAAUAACUGGAUAUAUUUUGUUUUUGGCUAUUAAAUCUAUUCAUACAACUCUCAAACUCUAAACAAGGGAUACACUCUCAAAGUCAUUUGAACUCCUAAAUAAUACAAAACAGUAUUUUGUUAAGGACAAACGUAAUUUUUAUAUGCACACUGGGUCUUACAGAAACGUUCCAAGAAUGGUCAAAAGCUACAUGUGGGAAAAAACAUUUACAGAAGAGUGGGGAUUUGAAAGUGUUUUAAAGUGGACCAAAAUAAAUGUGAAGCUGGCAUACUUUA